AUGUUUGGAGGUGGACGAUCUCGACCACGCCGUUCAUACUCGGGGGAUUCACAUUAUUACUCUGGUUAUUAUCAACAGCAACAACAGGCACCUUAUUACAACAACGCAUCAGCUGAACAGCAACAACAACAACACAAUAUGAUGGCAGGUCCAGGUCAACAUGCUGCUGCUGCAGCGCAGCAGCAACAGCAACAACAACAACAACAAGCUGAUAUGGCAGCAGCAGCAGCACAACAACAGCAACAACCACAAGCAAAUCAACAAGUACCGACAACUCCACCUCCUCAACAACAGCAACAACAACCUUACCAACAAGCAGGACAAGCUGCUGGUGGACAAGCAGCAGCAGCAGCACAACAACAACAACAACAAGUGCCACCCCAAGGUGAUCCUGCUGCUUAUGGUCAAAGUUCAGGUGGCAUCUUUGACGCGUUACGUCGUAAAGUACGAGAAGCUGCUGGUCGAGGAGGAGCUGGUGGACCUGUUUAUGAUCCAUAUCAGUAUAGUCGAUAUGCAGCCAUGAUGGGAGCUGGUGGUGCAGCUGCUGGUGGUUAUGGAAUGCAACAACCCAUGAUGAUGCCUGGUGGUGCUGAUAUGAUGAUGGCCCAACAACAGCAACAACAACAACAAGCGGCGAUGAUGGCCCAACAACAACAACAAGCCGCCAUGAUGGCAGCCCAACAACAACAAAUGAAUCCCAUGAUGAUGGGUGCAGGAGCAGCAGGUGGAUUCAUGGAUCCUACCACGUUGGCGAUGAUGCAACAACAACAGCAAGCAGGCAUGAUGCCACAAACACCUUAUCCAAUGUCGAUGCAACAACCCAUGAUGGGUGGUAUGGGUAUGGGCGGUAUGGGUAUGGGCAUGCAACCCCAAACACCAAUGACACCGGGUGCAAUGAUGAAUCCUUAUGCACAACAACAAUCCUAUUUCGGAGGUGCAGGCUCCAUGAUGAUGCCAGGUCAAAAUCCAUACAUGAUGAUGCCUGGUCAACAAUAUGACCCUUAUGGCUACGAUCCAUAUUCCAUGUAUCAACAACAAAUGCCAGGUUAUGGUAUGGGCGGCUAUAACCCGGCAGUCAUGGGUCCAAUGUCCAUGUACGACCCCACCUUUGGUCGUCGUCUUGCCGAGCCACGGUUUGUACCAGAACGAAAUUAUAUCAGCUCAGUCAAGGAUCUUUGGCAAAGCAGCCUUUAUUAA